CGGCUGCCCGCGCCGGGCCCCCGCGCUGCCCCACGCCGCGCCGCGCCGGCGCCGGGCGGCAGGAUGGGCUGUAUCCAAAGCAUCACCUGCAAGGCGCGGAUCCGGCGCGAGAACAUCGUGGUGUACGAUGUGUGCGCCACCAUCGACCAGUGCCCCACGCGCAUCGAGGAGACCUCGCCCAUCGUCCUGCGCUACAAGACCCCUUACUUCAAAGCCUCGGCCCGCGUGGUCAUGCCCCCCAUCCCCCGCCACGAGACCUGGGUGGUGGGCUGGAUCCAGGCGUGCAACCAGAUGGAGUUCUUCAACACCUACAGCGACCUGGGCAUGUCAAGCUGGGAGCUGCCUGACUUGAGGGAAGGGAGAGUAAAAGCCAUCAGUGACUCAGAUGGGGUGAGCUACCCCUGGUACGGGAACACCACAGAGACUGUGACCCUGGUUGGCCCCACCAACAAGAUCUCCAGGUUCUCCGUCAGCAUGAAUGAUAACUUCUACCCCAGUGUGACAUGGGCAGUGCCAGUGAGUGACAGCAACGUGCCACUUCUCACAAGAAUCAAGAGGGACCAAAGUUUCACCACCUGGCUGGUGGCCAUGAACACCACCACAAAGGAGAAGAUCAUUCUGCAGACCAUCAAGUGGAGAAUGAGAGUGGACAUUGAAGUGGACCCUCUCCAGCUGCUGGGGCAGCGGGCGCGGCUCGUGGGCAGGACUCAGCAGGAGCAGCCCCGGAUUCUGAGCCGGAUGGAACCCAUCCCCCCUAAUGCACUAGUGAAGCCCAAUGCCAACGAUGCCCAGGUCCUCAUGUGGAGGCCCAAGCGGGGGCCGCCUCUGGUUGUGAUACCUCCUAAGUAGAAGCAGACUGCCCAACUGUGCGUGGAACACGUGCCACUGAGACACGCAGUGGGAUUGCCAGGGGUGACAGGAGCCAAACUGAGUUUCUGAGCCAAAGCAGACCUCUUGGUUUGCCAGCCUCUGCAGCUGCUUGUGAAGAGUACAGCUGCUCCUUGGUGGUAGAACCAUAACCCUUAGGAAAAGCCCCUUCCUCUUAGGAAUAAAGAAAUCACUGAUUUGACAGACUUGCUGUGAUUACCAUGCAAGUAGCCAUAUUUUGCAGCUGACCGGGAUGAUUCUUUUAUUUGAACUAUUGACCAUUUCUUUCCUGUGAGAAGCAGGGGAUGUAAAUGAAACUAAACAGUGCCUGUGGCGGAUGCUGCUUCCCAACCAAUUAGAAGCACGAGUGGAAACAUCCACACCAGGUGUUCGUAAGACAGUCCCCAUGUGUGUGACUGGAGGGUGUUGGGGAGUUGGGUGAUGGGGAGAGAGAAGACGAAGUUGUUGCUACAGAUUAAUAUCAAGUAUUAGUUGAUGAUCAGAUCGUCAACACACCCACUGGAAGGAGAGUAACACUUAAACGUGAAAGGUCUCCUAGUAGGACAAAGCAAGCUCAGCAAGCAGAACCACAUGGCAAGACACUGAGGAGAAGGAUAUGAGCAAUGGCUGGUGACUCUGGAAGCUGACACCCUGGACAGCUGAUUUCCUAUUUAAAAAGCGUGCCAUCUUGCCUGUCUCCUCACCACCCUCCCAUCCUGUGACCAGUACCUCCUCUUCCCACCGCGUGUGUCCAGCCAGGCCAGCUGGUUGGCUCAUGGGGGAGCGUUGCUAAAGUGGAAGUUGUGCCUGCUGCACCUUUUGCGGUGUGGAAAGAUUGAGUUCACCCACACCUCCAGCUCAUCCCCUCCCUCCACAUGAAGCCUCCCAAGGACAAGGCUGGUCAUCCUGGACUGAAGGGACCCCACACGGCCCAGCCCUGGCUCCCAAGCCUGCCACCCCACACCACACUUUUGGGUGGGAAACAGGGAGAAUAUGUAUCUCCCAUUCCCCUCUCUCUUCUCUAUGUGGAUAGCCGAUGUCAAUCAUCCCCUGAGGUUCCUCUAAGGUCUUUGGAAGGCAACUGUUUGCCCUACCAUGGACAGACUUGGUGCCUUCAGAUGACCAAGAGCAGCAUUUAUGUCGCCAGGAUCAGUGGAGUGAGAGCAGAACUUCCCCCAACAGGGAAAAAGUGGUAUAUGUUGUUUUAGUGAUUGUUUUAUUUAUUGGUAUUCUCAUCUAUUUAUUUAUGGAAUCUGUAUUUAUUAUACACCAGAAAAUCUACUUCCAUCUUUCAAACAUCAGCCCAAAAAUUGUCGUUUGCCUCUACAGAGCACAGUAAAUGAUUCCUCUUUGAAGCCACAGAAAAAGAGGGAAAUUCUUCUCCCUGAUCCCAAAUGCUUCUACCCCAGACCAAUUUUCAACCAGAAAUUGGAUCAGAAACUACCAGCUCAUAGUAAUCUGUCCAGCCACAGGAAUCAGCACAGGCCCAGCUAGACAGAAACCCAGAGUAUUCCAGCCCCUUACUCUUUCACUUUUUUCCCUUCCAUUCCUUCCCAAACUCAUGCAAGACCAAUCAACUGACUCCAGACUGGUGGUUAAGACUGGACUUCUCAGUCUGCUGUGGUGUAGAAUGCUUGGAACCAGGUACACAUUAGAAUCUAUGCCAGGAGCUUUGCCUGGUUUCCACCUCAUGUAUCCAUAGCAGAAUUUCCAAGGGCUGAGCAGCAGAGGUCUUUUUAGUAACCCAGAUGAUUCUAAUUUGUAAAUGCAGUUGAUUAAAAAAACCCUUCUACUAUCUUCUUCAUCCCCACCCACCUCCAAGACCUCUUCCUCUGGACAAGCUUCCUCUGGAGUCCCUAUUCCUCCAGUCCCCUUUUCUCCUUAAACUUUCCGCAUCAGUACUAUCAACCUUAGCAGACCCAAAGAGGUGACUGGUUCUAGGAGUCACACCCGAAGCUGAUGCCUACACUUGGCCUCUCUAGAAGCAAAAGCUCAUCCCCUGCCCAAGUUCACCUUCCAUCUGCACUUCCCCCCACCACACAUGCCUCCCUCCAAGAGUUAGAAGGUUACAUGGUUAUUCCUAUCGCUAUGCCUCAAUCUUAAGGCAAGGCUCAUUUCAGUCUUCAUAACCCAAGAGUUGGAUGUUUCUGCAGAGCAACAUGAAUUACCUAAGGCCCCACUGAUAACAGGAAAGGGUCAUUCAUAAUAGGAAAGGACUGUCCCCCCAACAGUAAUGACAGCAACCCCCCAUUCUGGCAUCCAAAUCAUAGAUGACUAGAGGAGACUUCUCACCCCUCAUGUUGACAAGUUCUCAAACAAUGAAUACAAGUGAAGGGAUGUGUGUGUGUGUGUGUGUGUGUGUGUGUGUGUGUGUGUGAACUGUCUUCAUAUAAACUACAUUGAUCUAUGGAGAUGCUGAACUUCAACUUUACAAUAUAGACUUUUAUCUGAAAAUAAUCAAGAACUUGAGUGGUCUUGCACUCAGUGGAUUCCCUGCGCCCAUUUCCUCAAAGGCCCAAGUGAGUUCCACAGUAGUGCUCCAUGCAGAAUGUUGUAAUAUCUAAAAACUGUUGGAUGUGUUAGAGAGUGUCUGUUGUAUGCACAAGAGAGUGCCCCAACAUAGAAAGAGUUCAUUUUCCUACCCCACCUCCAGCAUCUAAGCAGGUUCCAAGAGCAAGCGGAUUUCUCCUGCAUUCAUAGCACCAUGCCUUCUUGCCCCAUUCAUCAGACUGUCCUGCACCAAGUCCCAUCUCUCAGGGUCCUACUCUCUGAUAGGCAACAGUUCAGUCAGUGGGUGCUAAAGAGUUGAGUGUUACACUUCUUAAGUGACAUUUACCUUUUAAUUGGGGCUAUAGACAAUGCCUUAAUCUGAAGGAAUAGCUUGAAUGCUGGGAAUUUCAGGUGCAGAAGUGGGCCAGUAAGAGAGAUUAUUUUUUCCUUAGGGGGGCAUUUUAGAGCUUCCCCUCCCCCAUACGUAUCUUUAAACUCAGCUCAUAAGUACAUAAGCACAAGCAAGCACACUUACCUACAUCCACAUCCCAUAAUUUUGAAAUACCUCCCAUGCAUUGGCCCCAUCGUUAAAAAUAAAAAUAAAAAAAUUUAAAAAGAAACCAGCUAAAUUCAUUUAAACCUCAUUGGGAAAUGCAGCCUAUUUUUUCACCGGCCACCAGCCAUCUGGUCUACCCCACCCUGUUCCAUUUCCUUCCUGCUCCUUCUCUUUUCGGUUACUGGACUAUCAGUUAAAUUAUGUGUACAUGUCCUCUCUGCUCUCUCCUUGCUUCCCCUCAAAUGUAUUUUCCUCCCUUAAAAUUGUGUCGUUUUUGGUGUUGUCCAAGGACAGACGUGGAGGCUAAGAGCAUGAGCAUGUAUGUGUGUCACUGAAGACAGAGAAGCCAGGUAUUCUGCUACAGUUUGAAGAAUAAUGCCACAAAGGAAGAUAUGAAAGCUGGCUCUGCAGAGUGCCUUAAAAUGACUUUAAUUAGGAAAUUCUGAGUUGUCAGUCUUUGGAUGUUACAUAAACUCAAAUGGAUGUUGCAUUUCACUUCUCUGGGAUUAAAAAAAGUUAAAUACAGUAUGUAUUCAACAAUCACAA